AUCAGAAACACGAGAAGAAGAUGCACAGCGCAGACGGUCUGCCUCCAAACUCUUUCUGUCCGUGCGUCACGCUGGAAGCUUCUCUUCAGUCGUCAGGACUCAAGAACACAAGCUGGAAGAAGAAGACCGGACGGUGUGUGAGGUGUCAUUAAGCGCAGAAACGAGCACACCUCCUCUAGCUGGAGGUCAGAGGUCACGCCUCUACUGGGACAGGGUCCGAGCGGAUCUCCCCAUCCUGCGUUUCGCCUUCAGUAUGUGGAUCAUGAACUCCUGGAGAAACGCAGUAUAAUGCGCAAAUGGACGCAGCGCUGGAAACUGCCUGAGUUAGCGUGUGGCCUGUGGCUGGCGCUGCUGGUCAGCCGCGUAUGUGUGUGCGUCUGCGAUGGAGAGCCUGCGACCGACUGCUCCAAACACGAGCGACACACCAGGAACUACGACUACAUGGAGGGAAGGGACGUCCGCAUCCGGCGCCUCUACAGCCGCACGCAGUGGUUUCUGAUGAUCGACGAGUUCGGCAACAUCAACGGGACGCAGGACCCCAACAACUGCUACAGUGUUCUGGAGAUCAGGACGGUUUCAGAAGGCGGCGUGUUGGCCAUUAAAGGACUGAAGAGCCAGUAUUAUAUUUCCAUGAACCGCACCGGGAUGUUACAGGGCAAAAAAGACUACAACGACAGCUGCAACUUCAAAGAAGUGUUUUUAGAGAACUACUACACGGCGUACUCGUCCGUCAAAUGGACUAAAAACGGCAAAGAGAUGUUCAUCUCUCUGUCGCAGAAGGGCCGGCCGCUGAGAGGAAAGAAGACCAGGAAGGAGAGCAUCUCUGCUCACUUCAUCCCUCGGAAGUGCAGAGAAGACGAGAAGAAGCUGGCGUGAAGAAACACUGAUUCAUCAAACAAUACAACCAUUACUCUUACACACACACACACACAAGACACACUCACAAACACACAAACACACAAACACACACACACACACACACACACAAGACACACACACACACACACACACAC